AUGUUGGCAGCUGUGAUGGCCUUAAAGGCGUACUCUAGUUCCGCUUAUCAGCACAGUCCUCAUGAAAUCGGCUCAGAAGCUCCCCGAUCUGGUCGUUUGGAAGUCGGCAAUCAACCUACCGACUUGGUACAGGCGGCCAUUGUCGGCAAAGAUGGUAAUGUGACGGUCGUAUGCGCUGGCUGCGGUUUCGAUACAGUUAGCAAGGACCUUGCGGUGGGAUGGCCAAGCAAGCUCGGGGAGGGGAUCCUGUGA